AUGGGCAACAGUUUCUCCAACAUAUCAGCUUUCCAGUCUCUCCAUAUUGUGAUGCUGGGUUUGGAUUCCGCCGGUAAAACAACUGUCUUAUACAGACUUAAAUUCAACGAGUUCGUCAAUACUGUGCCAACGAUUGGAUUUAAUACAGAAAAGAUUAAACUAAGCAAUGGCACGGCAAAAGGGAUAAGUUGUCAUUUCUGGGACGUUGGUGGUCAGGAAAAACUACGUCCUUUGUGGAAAUCUUACAGUAGGUGCACUGAUGGCAUCAUUUAUGUUGUGGACUCUGUGGAUGUGGACCGACUGGAGGAGGCGAAAACGGAGCUACACAAAGUCACCAAAUUUGCCGAGAACCAGGGGACGCCUUUGCUUGUGAUAGCUAAUAAGCAGGACCUGCCGAAAUCUUUGCCCGUGGCAGACAUAGAGAAACAGCUGGCGCUCCACGAGCUUACUCCAUCAACAACAUAUCAUGUUCAACCUGCCUGUGCUAUUAUUGGUGAGGGAUUACAUGAGGGAAUGGACAAACUCUAUGAAAUGAUAGUUAAAAGACGGAAAUCUCUGAAACAGAAGAAGAAGCGAUAA